AUGUCCAGCUGUCAUCCAUUCUUCAAAGAGUCGACCCUUUCACGCUCGCGCCUGCUGCCGCCCCCCUCCAAGUCCACAUCAUGGCACACGACCUCACGGCGCGCCCACGUGCCGGUGCUCAACCCCCACGGGGCCCGCUCGCUCGUUGACAUGCUCAUCCCGUUCAUCGCCCGCAACGUGGACCUGCUGACGCCCGGCCACAUUACCAACCUGGCGCCCCGGCUGCGGUGGAAGAUCUGGCGGUUCCUCGAGGCCCGGGGGGCGAGUCUGCACGCGUGGCGCUUGUUCCACCCUGUGCUGCUCCACGACAGUGAUGAUGACGAUGACGGCAACGAUGGCGAAGAGGUGGAGGGCAGGACGCUGGGCCUCUGGCGGUUUCGCGGCCACGUCUGCGGACCCGAGGGCGUGCCGCUGAGGACGUUCAUGGAGCCGUUGGCGGGUGUUGGGUUCCUGACGCACCUAGUGAUCAGCGGCCGGUGCACUUUCACGACGGGCGAGAUGCUGCCCCUGGCUAGUAUGGCAAACCUCGUCGCGUUGGAGAUUAUCCAACCGAGCGACCAGGUCCAGCUCGAGUUCCCGCCGAUCAACGACAUGCUGAUCCGGGGCUGGGCGAGUGUCGACGAUGCGUUCCCGGCCCUCCGGAUCCUGCGCAUCUGGGGCGACCCCACGGUCACAAGGCACUCGCUCGCCUGGGUGACACGCUUUCCCUCGCUGGUCUUGUAUGACGUCCAGGCCAGCCGUGAAGACUGGUCCCACGCGUCGGCCACGGCGGCAGAACACGGCUGGGAUCUCACAAAGGGCCUGGGGGACGGGCUGCACCACUAUCUCAUGCUCCUCACCGACGAGGCGGCGGCGGCGGCCGAGACACAGCAGAACCGACGAGUGACGAGGAGCAUCGACUCGGACCUGACGUCGCUCCUGACGAGUCCCCAGGCAUCCAUCCGGUUCGUGGCCGAGGGGGACGCGCCCAUGCUGGUGGAGUACCUGGCCGACGCGGCGAAGAGCGGCUGGGAGAGCGGCGAGACGGUGGCGUCGAGUGACUGUCACGACUGGCCCUUUGAGGCGUGGGCGUUUUGGCUGAUGGCGCUCAUGGGCCAGAUGUCCGGGCCACGUGGUGGACGGAAAGCUGUCGCCGGCCCCUUUGUGCUGCCCGAGCAGCCCAUGGCGAGCGUGUACCUGGGGCACUGCAGCAGGGAGGGCGUCAGCGGUCGGGUGGCGUACGUGAAGAGAGGCUUGUUUGGGGUGAGGCGGUACACGUUUGUCAGGCGGAGCGCGCUGUGCGGGCCUGGGCGGUCCGGGGGCGAGCAUGUCCAGCAGCAGCCUCUGCAAGCAGAGAAGAAGACACCAGCAGGGCUACGGCCGCGGAAGAAGCGGCGAAUGGACGACAUGUUGAGCUCGUUCACGUGA